UUCCGCCGCGUUCGGGCGCCAACAUGGACGUCGCGCAGGCCCGCGAGCAGCUGCGGCGGCGUUACCUGGUACCGCGGGACGCCGAGACCCGGCUGGACUGCGAAGGCGACGCGGCGGGGGGAUCUUCUACAACUGUUGAGAAAAAGGAGAAACCUCUUCCAAGACUUAAUAUUCAUUCUGGAUUCUGGAUUUUGGCAUCCAUUGUUGUGACCUAUUAUGUUGAUUUCUUUAAAACCCUUAAAGAAAACUUUCACACUAGUAGCUGGUUUCUCUCUGGUGGGACCUUGUUGCUUGUCAGCUUGUCGAUUGCAUUUUACUGCAUAGUCUACCUGGAGUGGUACCGUGGAAUUGAAGAGUAUGAUGUCAAGUAUCCAUCGUUGAUACCUGUUACAACUGUGAGUUUUAUUGCAGCAGGAAUUUGCUUCAACAUUGCUUUAUGGAAUGUAUGGUCAUUUUUCACUCCAUUUUUAUUAUUUACCCAGUUCAUGGGGGUUGUAAUGUUCAUCUCACUCCUUGGAUGACUUCAGAAGAUUUAAGGACAUGGAAGUUUGAAGUGAAUAGUUAAAUGUCCAGCUUGUUGGAAGCCUUGCCAGCGGAUGAUGGGAAUGCUGCAGUGUGUCCUCCUUCCUGCCAAGCAGGUGGGCUGCUGGGAAAAGCUGUAACUUGGUAGUUCUGUUGUUGAAAUCAGAAUAAAUCACCUUUCACUUGCAUAUUAUCCAAUUCUAGUUGUGACUGGAUUUUUCACAAACCUAUGUUAUUGGAAAAUAACUAUUUUGCAAUGUUAAUCUGUUUGACUCUUUGGCAAAAGUAAUUUCUUUAAUGUGUUCCCAGUAUUUUAAAUAAACUCUCCUGCAUGUAAGGGACAGCAGUUCAUUGUAUCAAGUGACUAGAAUUAUCUUGUCAUGUGCCUUUAAGGCAACUCUAGUAAUUACCAUAUAAUUCAUUUUUAUAAUAAUUUUAUUGGGUGGCAGGAACAGAUGGAAGUAUUUUGUGUUUUCCCAUCACUUUGGAUUUUACCAUUAUAUAAAUUUUGGGGGGAUUUUAGCGUUUUUUUACAUGAAUUUUUAAUCAUUUUUAAGUAUGUAUAAUUUUUCCUCUACUACUUAAAUAAAAUAUUUUUAUAACUUU